UCGUCGCGAGAGCAUCGUUGCUUGUCGCGCCCCGCUCGUGUAAUAUCGUGCACACACAUCGAAACACAGUUAGCUGCGAGGCGUAGAACCGGGCGGAUCGACUGAUCGGCGAUCAGGUUCGGCAGUCGAGGGAAGCGACGCGCGCCCCACGGCCCACGGCAGUUACGCGAAGGCAGCGACCAACGACGCGCCACACACCGGCGGUUCAGUCGAGGUCGAUCCACCGUCAGGUGAGGAUCGCCGGUGUCACCAACAUUAUUAAACGCGAUUAUUCCUCGCUAUAUCAUCCUGUAUUCAUAUAUACACGCGCACGCGAACGCAUUCAGUGCUUAGAGACUACGAAACCGCGCGCAUUAUAAACGUCGAUUAAAUCGGUUUCUCAGUGAGGGAAAAUAUCAGUGAAAAACAUUGUGAGAAUCGAUCAGUGUCGGCGACAGACUUUUCGCGUGUCACGCUCACCACGAUUUAACGAGUCGAUACAAACGGAACGGUUAUCGUUGUCAGAAAUCAGACCGUUCGAUUUUUUUCGAAUUUUUCGAUUUUCAAAUCGAUUCGCACGCUAACGAUCGUCGAGGAAUCGACCAAGAAGAUCGGAAGAAGGACGAAGGAGUAUCGAAAAAAUUUCAGUGUUUUUCGCGAAUUGAUCCGCGACGACGCGUGUUCGCGUUUGUCCUUGACGCCCGUCCUUUCGACGAGUAGUUGCGUCGAGACGAUUCUGUGUGUGCUUUUUUUUCAUUCGUUCUGGCAACCGUUUCUUUCUCACUCGCUCGCACGGUGUAUCUCUAUCGCAACGAACACGCAGCCGUUCGUGCGAAGAAGACGGAGGACACGCGCAUAAUCAGCGGAGAACGAGAGCGUUACGGAACGAAGUGCGCGAAUAACGCGACGGCGAAAACUGAUCCGACUCGGGCUGGUGCUACUCUCUACUAUACACCUCUCUCCCGAUCGCUCGUGUGUGCCUAGCCCCGUCUUUGUUUCUCUCGAUUCCAUCUUUCUCGCCGCCGCUAUUCCUCGUGGUACAGCAAUAAUAUCGUUUCCCGCGCGGACUGCGGAUUGGCUGAUGUGCCCGCGAACGAAGAACAGAACGGCGAAGCAACGUGCCCCGUUUUACUCGCGCUAGCGCCGAGGACGUGGUUCCGAAGACAAGCAAGAGAGAGAGAGAGAGAGUGAAGAAGUGUGGUGAACGGAAAGAGACAGAGUGAGUCAAGUAGGGGUGGGGGAGAGCGGCAGACGAGGAGCCGAGACGAGGAGGGGAACCGCCCGACCGAGUUGUUUCAUUCAUAAAAAAGUUCUUUAUUACUCUCUGUGAGCGCAUGUGCUGUUCCAUGGAGGAGGACCUCCCCCGACCGGCGUAACCACGUUUACACACGGUAUUAUUUACUACUGCGCGAGAUACGAAUCGCUGCCACACGCCGUGGCAACGGUACGGCGUACGGAUCUCUCCCCGUAUCGUUACCGUUCUUCUUCGAAAUCGCGUUCGGAGUGUCGAUCGUUUGCGAUUACCAUCGUAUCGAAGUGAACGAGGAGGAGGAGGAGGUUCGUCGAAACGGACGACCCUCGAAGGAAUCGCAGUUGAAGCUCUCUCUUUCUUUAUCGAGCACGUCGCGCGUGUGUCCCCUGUCUCGCGGACGAGCAAUUGGAAUUCCUCGCGUGUCCACACGCAGGCCCGAUAUAGUCGGAUGGCGCGAUCUGGAACGUGAACGUCGAUCGAUCGCCUUCUCGCGCGUCACAAGACCGCUCGAGGCUUGCUGACGCUUCGUGACAACGGCGGACUCUUGAGAACCGAACAGAAGAACAAAGAGGGAGGCGAAUUGAAUUUCGAGGGAAGAAAGUUAUCCGAGAAGCCAUCAACCUGGAUUUAAGGACGACGAAUCUAGACGUUUACGUGAACGAGACCGAUCGGUUAUUCGACGGUCGCAAUAGGACGCGGAGCAGCAGGGAUCGCAAAUUCACCAAAAUAGAUCCGACGGCGUACGACGAAGGCAUCGUCGCGACGACGGAGGACAGCGGUUACGAGGAUCGUUUGCGAGAAGGCAGCAAGGAUAGUCGUCUCGCCGGGAUGAGGGGCGAGUCGGCACGACCGGGUAAGCGACCUUUAAGGGCGCUUUCCGCUUCCGAGAAGAUGGACGCGAUCCAAAGGGUACACGAAGGAGAAAGCAAGGCCUCGGUCGCGAGGGACAUCGGUGUACCGGAAUCGACGUUACGAGGAUGGUGCAAGUCCGAGCACAAAAUCAGAGGAAUGGCGAGGAAUUCGUCGACACCGGAUAGCGAAGCCCACUCACCCGCCUCGUCUUCCGGCGCGAACGUAACCGCGGGCAAUUUGGCCGGCGGUUCGGCGAAUCUGUCGAGCGAGGACGAGGGUCCUUGCGUGAAGAAGUCGAAAAUAGAUCAACAGACGUCGGUAACGAGCGCGGGCACCUCGUACGUCGCCGGUGACAUUUGCACCGACGCGGACGGUAAACCCGAUAACAAGCCGAAGAUCGAUUACGUCGGAUUGAUGACCAGCAUGGCCGGUAUGAGACCGGAAAAUAGUUCGUUGCUUCUGCAACAAUUGGGCCUCCUGUCCGGCGCCACUGGCACCUUGGCCAAGAAUUUGUUGAGCAUGACUCCGGCACUGUCGCACGGCAGCACAGUCGGUCUCGUCGAGAACGGACUUCAAUACACGAAGAACAGCGCGAUUAAUCCGUGUUUAACGAACACGGCGAACAGUUUGAACGGUGGAAGCAACAAAAGGCACAGCAUCUCGGCGAUCGCACCGGCACAAAUGGACUCGGUCGUCGCGAAAUCAUGCACGAGAAAGAGUCUGCCACCUGCCGCGGAGGCACCGUCGACACCGGUACCGGCCUCGCCGAGGAAAACGAACGAGAACAACAGUAUUCGAGAACAACGGUCGAGCGGCAAACCGAAAAAGGACGGGAACGUGAGCGGUAACAAGAAAGUCGACGAGGCGUUAUGGCUAUGGCUGACGCAGCAGCAACAGCUGCUCGGUCAACAGUCCGCGAGUUUCAACCCGAGCAUCAAUCAGCAAGACGGCUCGUGGUUCUGGCAGUGGUACAAGCAGUGCAGCUUCCCGUUGAUAACGCCGACGCCGCUAGCACCGAGCCCGGUCGCCAAGAAGUCGUCGCCGAGCAAAGCCCGUGCUAUGCUCGACAACGUGCUUUGCAACAAUAACAACGAGAACGUGAAGCGAAGCCUGAACAUGGACGAGGAGUCGGCGGCAGAGGACGUCGAGUCGUCCGGGGACGUGCCAGCCAGCACCGAGGAGGCGAUCGAACACGGCGAGAAGUUUUUCAAGUGGUUGGACAAAUGCUCCGAGCCCGCGGUCACGAGGCUUCAAAUCAUACAGUUCAAAUAUCUGUUGGACAAUCUAAAGGCGUGCAGGAAGAAGUCAUCCUCUAGCUCGAAACAAAGCAGAAAGUAGGCGAACAGACAAGCUGUGAUGCUAAAAAUAUAUAUCUUUAAGAAAGAGUGCGCUAGAGCGGUGGAGUACGCCGGGCUGAGACGAACAGACGAUAGAGAAGAUAGACGAUAGAUUCGGUAAGAGAGAGGUUAAUUGAUGAAAUAGGAAAGCGUUAGGGUAGUUCGUUGAUGAUCUCUUUUCGUUCGAACUCUCUUUCCCCCCUUUCUUUUUUUUCCUCCCAUUCCCAUCGAAACGAUUUGUCAUUUCGUCGUGUCGUCCCCGUGAUUCGCGUGUGUUCUGUGUGCGACAGAGAGGAGCCGAGUACGAACCGGACUAUCUAGUUGUGUUUGUACCCUCCCGAGCUUGUUACGUUCCGUAAUUUAAAAGAGAACGAUGUACGAUCGUGUUUCACAUCCCGCUCCUCGUAUUUUCUUUCAUUUCAUUUUCGUUUCGUAUUUUGAGUUACCUACAACUACUUGGGAGUCGGGCCGAAUCAAAAUGGGUCGUAACGAUCUUGUCUUUAUCGAAACGUUGUACAUAAGAGGAUAUACCAAAUUCGUAAAUGGACUGUUGUAAUUAUAAUAAAAGUUAAGAUGUUCGUAGA